AUGGGAAACUCAACAGAGAUUGUGUCAUUUGUGCUGGCUAUGUACGGUAACAUGGGGAACUUUAAGCACCUAUAUUUCCUCCUGGCAAUGCUUUUAUACAUAUCAGUCAUUUUUGCCAACAUUGUUCUUAUUGUCAUUAUUUAUGUGGACAGAAAUCUGCAUGAGCCCAUGUAUUUAUUCCUGUGCAGUCUGUUUGUUAAUGAAAUAUACGGCUGCACGUUUUACUGCUUCAUUCAGAUAUUCAGCAUGCAUACAUACGUGGCUGCUGAAUUUGGAACUCUGACAGUAAUGGCAUAUGACAGAUACGUAUGUAUUUGUAAGCCUUUACAUUACAAUAUCAUGAUAACCAAUAGAAAAGUAAAAAUUGUCAUACUUGUCAUUUGGAUGGUUUCGUUCAUAGAAGUUGGAGUUUUGUUGUCUUUUACUGUUCAUUCAAAGUUUUGUGGGGCUGUUAUCAACAAAGUUUCUUGUGAUAACAAUCUUGUGGUUGAACUUUCUUGUUCACCAAACAGAACGUUGUCAUAUAUUUACGAUGUUGUUUUUUUUGGCCUUCUUUUCACCGUCACUUUUCCUCUCAGUUUCAUUUCAUACACAUAUGUUAGAAUUAUUGCUGUGUGCUUAAAAGCUUCCAAAGAGACCAGAAUGAAAGCGUUUGAUACCUGCACUCCACAUUUUGUUUCACUCAUGAGCUUUGUCUUUGCCUGUUUUUAUAACCUGAUCAGUCAAAGAUUUGACAUGACAUUUGUUCCUUAUGAACUGCAUGUUAUUUUCUCAUUGUAUGGACUAAUAAUUCAACCUCUUUUAAAUCCAAUGAUAUAUGGUCUUAAGUUAUCAAAGAUUAGGCAUGCUUUUAAGUUCUUUUUUAAAUUAAAACAUUAA